CGCAUUGUUUUGAUUGAGAGUUGUAUUUGAUACAUGUGGGACGUAUUGGAUAUAAGCAACACUUAGACACGAGGUGUCAGACAGGUAGUUACGUGCAGAUAACAUCUCUGGAUCAAUGUGUUCUGCAUGAUGUAUUUGUACGUGUUUAUGGCGUGCGCACUUACUUAUAUCUCGGUGUAAUUCUGACCUACAUAUUGUCUCAGCUACUCGGAAGUAAAAUACCCCUUGAGUACGUUCACUUCAGGUGACAUCGCCGUGUGUGUGAGUGGAGGACAGUCAGUGUUGCAGCUAUCAUGUUUACCUGUGGAUAUCUCAAAUACAUUUCACUUCUGAUUCUGGUGAAUGUCGGACAGAUUCCUCGUACAGGGUCAGCUCCAGUUCUUGUCACCAACAGACGUGUUCCUGUGGAGGGUGUCAGUUUCCGCAUCACCUGUACACUAGAUGCAGCUCUCAGUGGAACUGUCUACUUCUAUAAGGAUACUUCUAUCCAGGGCAGCUGCUCAUCACCAGGCAGCUGUGGGACACCUGUCUCAGGAUACUCUGUGAGUCUGGACAGUACAUUCAGGAUCCUGACUCUAGACAUCGCAUCACCAGAUUCCACCAGAGACAGCGGGACAUGGAGUUGUACUGUUGGUGCCACAGUGUCAAAUAACAUCGCGCUGUCGCAGUUUGCAGCUGUCCUGGACUGGAGCUCUGUGACAUUCUCUCCACAACUGACUUCUCUCCCGUCCUCCGUGACCCCACAGAACACCAUCUCCAUCACACUGACCAUCCCGUGUGCUGCCCCUGCCGCCGUCAUCACAUGGAGAUACCAACAGGGUGUGAGUGGCGUCCCUCCCAGCAGUACAUCUUCCUCCCAGGGAUCAUGUCCAUCAGGCCAGGUCCAGACAACCAACACUCUGUCUCUACCAGGAAACACAGCCAGUCUCUCUAACUACUGUUUUGUGUUUACAGGGUGUGAGUGGCGUCCCUCCCAGCAGUACAUCUUCCUCCCAGGGAUCAUGUCCAUCAGGCCAGGUCCAGACAACCAACACUCUGUCUCUACCAGGAAACACAACCAGUCUCUACAACAGACAGGUGUCUCUCACUGUCAGUGUGGAACACGACUCCUUUGACCCACCCACAUACACAAAGUCUGUCACUUCAAACACCAUACAGUUCCCUGUUCCGGUAACCUCUGUGACACUGACAAACAUCAGCUCUGAUAAUGAGAAGAUAAGACAAGCAGCGGGUCAAUCCCUGACCUUGACCUGUGUGACUUCAGCCAGCUUCCCUACAUCUUCUGUGACCUGGGUGACCUUGC